GUCAAUUCUUAGUUUAGUUACACCCCAUAAAAAGCAUGCAUUGGUUAUCAUGGAAAACCAUUUUCUUCACAUUAUUAUAUCACAACCUUAAAAUAAACAAUAUAAACUCCUCAAUGCCUAAAAAAGAAUGCCAGGGUCUUCAAUGGAAUUACCCGAAUCAGUAUUUUUUGCUCAAAAAAAAUCUCGUAAAUUGCACCCACAUCAUGGGCAGCCUAAACCUGGUCAAAAUCCAGCCCGGAGAUGAUCUCUCCUUCCUCAGCACCAUCCGCAUCAUAGAGGGCUACCUUUCGAUACAUUCCGUCGGCGCACCCGUCAUACCGCUCACCAACUUGAAGGUCAUCAGGGGCAACGAUCUCUACUACCCGUACGAGGAUAAGCGAAAGGGUUUCGCCCUCUUCAUAGAGGGCAACGUCUACAAUGGUCGCGAGUCGGAUAUAUUCCACGAUUUUUCCGAAGUUGAACGUGACCCGUACCUAACGAACAACACGCGAGAGAUGGAGAUUAUUCGAAGGGUGGGCGGCGCUAUCCCUAUCCUCAAACCGUCUCCCAAGGUGGCCCAAUCCAUCACGACUCCUUCGGUGCCAGCGAGUCCCAAUUUUCUCCGAUACAUUCAGUUUUACUCGUUGACAGAAAUCGCUCGCGGUGGGGUGUUCAUAGGCAACAAUCCCGGUCUUUGUCACCUGACUACGACGGUUAAUUGGUCCGACAUAGUCACUGGUAACCUGGAAAUUUCGCCCUUGCACAUCUUCAAGGAUCAAUUUCCGGAACAAGCUCUUAUAUCCGGUCCUCCUUGCUCCUCGACUUGCUCCCUGAAAUGCAGGAGCAGCAAAUGCUGGGAUUGGAAUAAUUGUCAAACGGUCUUUGGCCUUGAAUGCCACAAAGAUUGCCCACUAAUUGGACGCAUCUCUCCCCGGUGCAUGGGGCCAUAUUUAAAGGACUGCUGCCACUUGGAAUGCGCUGGUGGUUGCUCCGGACCCACUGACCGAGACUGCUUCAUGUGUCGUCACCACGCGGAAGAUGGGGGUCGUUGCCUUCCAAGAUGCUCUUUCGCGGGCUCUAGGUUACCGGCGGAAGAUACAUUUGAUAGAGGCGUUAACAGGACGUCCGCGCGCACAUACGCCAUGGGGUUCGCGUGCGUAGAACAGUGCCCGCCACAUUACUUGGUCGAUCAAGGUUACUUUUGUGUAGCUUUUUGCUCCCCGGGGUUUAUCGAAACCGAAGGAACUUCGGUGGACUUGCCCGGCACUUGCAUACGCGAACCGCUCGAAUGCUCCGAUACUUCGAUUAAUCCGCAUUUGCGUUCGCUCAAAUGUCCCAAGGUCUGCCAAACCGUGACGGACGUUUUGUCCAACAACCUAGCCAAGUUGGCCGGAUGCGAGAUCAUCCAAGGCGAUUUGAACCUGCUCGGUGUGACCUUUACGGCCCGACGUCAUCGGCACAACAACACUCAUAGCUAUCUGAUUAGACGCGUUACGCGGGCUGAGCUGGACGCCCUUAGGUCCAUCCGGGUUAUUACGGGUUUCUUACGACUACAGCUUUUACCCGAUGAAGCAGGUCAUGAUUUAAAUUUUUUUGACAAUUUGGAGGUGGUGGCAGGCCGGUUCAAACUCUCGUUUGAUAAGUACUCAAUUUCUGUCUUCAAAACGGAAUUGAUUUCUCUCGGUCUGCGAUCCUUGCGGAGUGUGCCCGCAGGUGGCGUAAGGUUUAUGGAGAAUGAGCAUCUAUGUUAUCUAGAUGUCGGUGAUUACUCGCUAAACGCAACAAGCCCGAAAAACGUUUGGACCUACCUGACAAACGCGCAUUCUGGUCUUCUUAACUCCACCCCUAAUGAGCCGCGUUUCAUUACUCAGGAUGGGCGACCCAACUCCCUGGAAUUUAUAGACAAUAAACCGCCAUCCGAUUGCGUUCGCGAGAACCAUAUUUGCGAUAUCGAAUGUUCGUUUCAAUUAGAAGUCGGGAAUUAUCCAAAAGGGACACCCAAAGGUUGUUGGGGCCCCGGACCUCAUAACUGCGUUAAAUGUACCCAUAGCGUGCUUUCCAUUCCUUUUAGGGCCGAGUUAGUCCAUCAAUCGAUGUCCCCAGGCCUGGAGCUACCUCUCGACGCCCUUUACGCCUUAGCCCAUCUUUCAAACUUUUUUCGACACGUUCGCUCCAUUUUAAACGAAUCAUCGCCUGACGCUCAUAAAAAUACCGUCCUACUAAAUUUGGAGACCGCGCUUGAGCAGCCCACUUUUUACGGGCUCUUUGUGGACGUGUGCGUGCCGCAUUGUGGAGACCUCUCCGUUAAUAACCGAGGAUACUACGACGCCAACCACAUUGAGCGAAAUCGAGUCACCGAACAAUGGCUCAACGUUUAUCGGUCCCUUCUCACCGUUAUAGAACAGAUAAAACCGACCGGUUCGCCAUCUUUAUCAGGAGAAGAGUUUACAUUCGCUGACAUGAAGCUCCACAUUCAAGACCACAUAGAGGAAGUUCUGGGUCGAAAUCUGGGCCUUAUACAAGACGACGGCACGUUUCCCGACGAACUCAAAAUAUACACCUAUGCCACCCUCAAGAAUUACAAUAGUGCCAUGGAUACCAAGGCAUCGCGGAAAUUGAUGGACCCCGCAAAUGGUCACGUAUGCCGUCUUUGCCACAGCCAAUGCUCCGGUGGGUGUAGCGGACAAGGCCCGCAUUCCUGUUUUAGCUGCAAAUACUUUAACUGGCGUGGUGAAUGCGUACAGGUCUGCCCGGUUGGGUCGUAUUUAGGUCCGUCAAAUGUGUGCCUGCCCUGUCACGAAACCUGCAUCAAAUGCAACGGAUCAUUGCCACAAAUGCGUGAAAAUGGAUGUCACGUUUGUGCGUUAGCCUACACCCUACCUAAUAAUAAUACGAUAUGUAUAAAGGAUUUGUGCCCCGAUGGAUUUUAUGACAAGGUUAUACUCGAUUCCGUAGAAAAAUAUGACAGACAGCCUAGGGUAUGCACCCCGUGUGAAGAUGUUUGCGCCACUUGUCGUGGACCUGGUCCUUACGCCUGCAACCUUUGCGAUUACUACACCAACCCCCAUGACGCUCUUUGCACCAAACGCUGUCCCUUUAACGUUUACGGUGUUAGCGGGUUACCUAAUGUAACGGAUAAAGAACGGCAUAUCGUUGAGACGGUCCAACAGGCUACAGGGUACGAAGCCCGUCGCCAGCUCGAGAGGCUGAGUCGGUGCGCUUGUCACGAGGAGUGCGGGACCCAGGUGUGUACUGGCCCUAGCCCGAAACAGUGCCAGACUUGUAGCCAUUUCUCGGUGCGGAUAUUUAGGAAGAACGAUACAAAUACGAGCUUAUCGGAUGAAGGCAUUGGUGCCAGUUAUGACGAUUAUUUCAGUCUACAGUCAAUGGCUCAGUACGAAUGCGUUUCCGAUUGUCCUCCUUGGAUGAACGAUAUCGAAACAUUGGGCGAUAGAUUUAUAUGCCGAUUAUCGAGUGCCGAAGCCAGAUCAUCUACCGUUCUGCUGAACUCCUCUGCUGCGGUUCUCUUUACCAUCCUCAUAUUGACUCUCAUUACUUGCUUCAUCUGGAGACGUUAUAAGAAACGAAUUACAACUGACAGUCUGAUGAACAAAGAAUCGUUCUUAAACGAGGACGCGCUCAUGCUGGACAAAGUCGCCGCUACGUACGGGAUGGACGAAAUUGAUUCGGUUGAUGACUACCUUAGCCGUAAGGACAAAAUUCAAUCCCCUACCCAAGACCCGACCCGGGAAGUUUGCAUCUGUCCUAUAUUAAGGAAGCACGUCAAGUCUAUGAAAUUUGUUUCGCGCGACCUUCUCGCUGACUGUUAUAAAGCGACUUGGUAUUAUCCUUCCUUGGUAAAAAGCCAUCAUAAAGUUGGCGUAAAAGUUUUCCGCAAGACGGUCCCGCUUCAUCUCAAAACGGAAUUGAUGACAUUGAAAAGUCUUUUAAGGGGCCACUUCAACGGUAACCUGAAUCAAAUCAACGGCACUGAUAGAAACGAUACCUUGGCCAGGGUUCCCAGCGGAUACCUUAGAAUUAUCGAAAAAAUGGAGCAAAAUGUCGCGAAUAACUCUCAAUCGGCCUCCUUGGUUCAUGUGUACGGAAUAUUGGUUAAGAAAGGUAAGCAUGACCGCUCCACAAAAUCGAUUCGGAAUCUUGAUUUGGCGGAAAAAUUACUCGACCCACUAAUCCCGAUAACCUUUGUUUGCCAGGGAAACGGACCGGCCUUAGGACCUUUUCUUCGUCGGUUCGGUUUGUGCAGUGGGCCGCGCUCGACCGAUCCUUCCCACAUGCGGAAGCUCGCUGCCCGCGAUGUUUUAGCCGAUCCCAUGCCCAAGUGGUUCUCCCAACUGGCCUCCGGUAUGGAGUACCUGGCUCGGAAAGGGAUCAUCCACGGUUGCUUGAGGGCCGAGUGCAUUUAUAUGUAUAACGUAGACCACAUCAAAAUCGAUGAUUACUAUUACAACCUUCUCGUCGAUUUUAAGUCCUCUCAACUUCGUCAUCAAUAUAUACAAGAAUAUUACAGAUGGCUACCUAUGGAGAGCUUGGCGGGAUGCGAUCUAAGCCACGAGUCCGACGUUUGGGCCUUUGGGGUGACAAUUUGGGAAAUCUUAUCCUUCGGUCAAGUUCCUUACCUGGGCAUGGAAAACGUGGAGGCCUACAACGAAGAAAUCGCUGGCGGUUAUCGAUUACCUCAACCCAUAUUCUGUGGCGUCAAUCUUUACCAACUCAUGAUUCGAUGUUGGUUACAAUACAAAGAAAUAAGACCGACGUUCAAAGAAAUAAAUAAAACUUUGAUCGAAUACGCGAAACAUCCCGACAAGCAUUACAGGGUUGACCAGGUUUUCUUGCCUGGAAUAUUCGAGGCCUUCGCCAAUCCUCAACAUGUCGCGAAUUAUCGCUUAGAUCAACGUGGUCCGUUAAACUCGGUUAGCGGCUCGUUGCUCACUAGUCUCGAGGGUAACGCUACCUCUCCUCCCUCGCACUAUCACUACCUAGACGGCGAGCGAAUCGUGGAUGGCCACGAUUACUAUGAUCCUUACUCUGCUCAGACUGAUCCGCAGUAUUACAGAAGUAUGAGCGGUGACUAUGCCGAGGCGAUAGAUCAGGACGUCGCCACCGCCACCAACCCCGGCUAUCAAUAUUCGUCUCAAAAUCCGAACGUCGACAAACCCAGGGACCGUCAUUAUACACUUUACAUUCCACCGAAUCUCAGUGAAUCUUUCGUAUAAAUCUCUCAUAUCCCAAACAUUCCUUAGUUUCAAAUAAGCGCUGAAAGAAUUUUGGCUUUCGUAGAAAUCUCUCAUAUCCCAAACAUUCCUUAGUUUCAAAUAAGCGCCGAAAGAAUUUUGGCUUUCGUAGAAAUCUCUCAUAUCCCAAACAUUCCUUAGUUUCAAAAAAGCUCCGAAAGAAUUUUGGCAUAAAUUUUAUAUAAAAUUGAAUAUAUAUAUAAUUUUUUUCUAAUAAAUUAAUAUUUUUAUCAUUUUUUUUUUAUUUUCAAAGAUUUUCAAAAAUUAAUAUUUUUAUAAAUAAUAAAGAAAAAAAAAUAUACAAUAUUUUCCCUCCUAACAAAUGCUCAAAAAUAUUAU